AUGUCUAGAGCUAACUUAACAGAAGCAGACGGAGUGGUGGCGCUCAGUAAGGAUCCGCCAGAUCUUGACAUUGCUAAACUGUCCCGACAAAAACGUGCAUCGGGUACUGUGAUUCCAAUAUCUAUGGAAGAAAGGGAGGCUGGUGUAUUACGCCACAAUGAGUAUAGGGCAAAGCAAAAUGCUUCUAAUAUGGAAUAUAUGACAUGGAAUUCUGAGCUUGCAAGAAUGGCGGAGGAAUACAUUGGGAAAUGUGUGUUUGAGCACAGUGACAUGUUGAAUAGAGAUAAAGAAUAUGACUUCACCUAUAAACGAGUUGGAGAGAAUCUACAUUACAACACAAAAGAGUUAAGCCUGGCCAAGGCCGUGGAUGCCUGGUAUAUAGAAAUCAAUGACUACACGUACGAGUCGAACACGUGUGCUACAGGGAAAGUGUGCGGUCAUUACACACAGGUUGUUUGGGCAAAGUCGGAGAUGGUGGGCUGCGCUAAAGUCAUGUGUCCACUGCUAGAAGUUCCCUACAAAAAGAAGACGGUGAAGAAUGCUGUAUACACGGGAUGUAAUUACGGAGGACCUGUCGCUCAUUUCAUCUCCUUUUCAAAUGACUUUAGUGGUAACAUGGCUGCUGUUAAGCCCUUCCUACUGGGAGACCCGUGUUCAGCGUGUGAUCAAAAGAGCUACCCCACUGACCAUGGUUGUAAAAUGGGCAUGUGUUAUAUAGAGACUGACGAGGAAGAAGGGGCAAACAGUGGUGUUACCGGGACAAACAGUGGUGUUACCGGGGCAAACAGUGGUGGUACCGGGACAAACAGUGGUGGUACCGGGGUAAACAGUGGUGGUACCGGGACAAACAGUGGUGGUACCGGGGUAAACAGUGGUGGUACCGGGACAAACAGUGGUGGUACCGGAACAAACGGUGGUGGUACCGGGACAAACGGUGGAGGUACCGGGACAAACGGUGGUGGUACCGGGACAAACAGUGGUGGUACCGGGACAAACGGUGGUGGUACCGGGACAAACAGUGGUGGUACCGGGACAAACAGUGGUGGUACCGGGACAAACGGUGGUGGUACCGGGACAAACGGUGGUGGUACCGGGACAAACAGUGGUGGUAUCGGGGCAAACAGUGGUGGUACCGAGACAAACAGUGGUGGUACCGGGACAAACAGUGGUGGUACCGGGACAAACGGUGGUGGUACCGGGACAAACGGUGGUGGUACCGGGACAAACGGUGGUGGUACCGGGACAAACAGUGGUGGUACCGGGACAAACGGUGGUGGUACCGGGACAAACGGUGGUGGUACCGGGACAAACAGUGGUGGUACCGGGACAAACAGUGGUGGUACCGGGACAAACGGUGGUGGUACCGGGCCAAACAGUGGUGUUACCGGGGCAAACGGUGGUGUUACCGGGGCAAACAGUGGUGGUACCGGGACAAACGGUGGUGUUACAGGGGCAAACAGUGGUGGUACCGGGACAAACGGUGGUGGUACCGGGCCAAACAGUGGUGUUACCGGGGCAAACGGUGGUGUUACCGGGGCAAACAGUGGUGGUACCGGGACAAACGGUGGUGUUACAGGGGCAAACAGUGGUGUUACCGGGGCAAACAGUGGUGGUACCGGGACAAACGGUGGUGUUACAGGGGCAAACAGUGGUGGUACCGGGACAAACGGUGGUGGUACCGGGGCAAACGGUGGUGUUACCGGGGCAAACAGUGAUGGUACCGGGACAAACGGUGGUGGAACAGGCACAGAUACCGGUAGCGUAGACGGAGAUGGGAACGGAAAUCCCGCUGGUUGUUUGCGGACCUUUAACUACCACAUUGUGUUUCCCCUUACUGUAUUGUACACUACAUUGUCUCAGUGA